CACGAAGGCUUUCAGCCAGGUGCACACUAAGGGCGACCGCCCGCAGCAGACGGAGGGCGUGGCCUCUGGGGCCCGGCCGGCCCACACUUCCGCCUACCCGCAGGCUCGUCUGGCGCGCACCAUCGAGUCGCCGCUCCUAGAGUAGCUGCAAGCGGCUUCAGUCGCUGGCGUAUUUCCGCUGGAGAGUUGAAGUCAGGGCGGCGGGCGGCGGAAUUGAGGGCUGAAGCCGCCGGAGCUCAAGAGUUGUCCGGUGCCGGUCUUGCAUGCUGCUCCGCUCCUCUCCGCUCCGCACCACCGCGCUUGCGCUGAAGCCGACCCGACCCCGGGCACCGCCUGAGGCCUUCAGAUGCGCCCCCAUCUCGCUGCCGCUGCACCCCGGGAGACUCGACACGAUCGCUGUUUCCAACCGGGCAACGCUGGUCCCGGGCGGGCUAACCGCGAGGCUCCUCGGCAGGCAGUCCUAGAGCCAUCUGUGUGCCGGGUGCCAGUGACCUUCAGAGAUGUGGCUGUGUACUUCUGCAGGGAGGAGUGGGAGUGUCUCAGCCCUGGCCAGAGGACUCUCUACCGGGAUGUGAUGCUGGAGAACUUCAGGAACUGCACUGAGCUGGGGUACUGUGGCCCAAGACCAGACCUUGUUUCUCACCUGCAAGAGUGGGAUGAGCCAUGGGUUGAAGACUGGGACAGAUCUGAGUCUCUGGAAGCACAAAAAGGUGUCUGCCCAGGAGGCAGAAAGUCCAUAGAUCAUAAGAGACCCCGUGAUCUUCUUGCUUCGGCUCAUGAGAAGGUCUGUUCGCAAUCAGGAGCCAAGAGAGGGGCUGCCUUGAGGAAGAGUGUCCUGACAUCCAGUAAGAUACACCUUCCCAGAGCUACCUCAGGGAGGAAAAUGGACAAACACGAAGCUUUCCAGAACCAGAUGUGUGGAAGAUCCCGCAGGAAGCAGCCAGGCCUCAAGGAGCAGUGCAAGAGCGGUGUAGAGGGGCAUCCGUUUAUCUGUGGCACGUGUGGGAAGGCACUGAGCUGCCAUAGCCGGCUAGCUGCUCAUCAGACAGUCCACACUGGAACUAGGUCGUUUGAGUGCUUUGAGUGUGGCCAGACAUUCCGCUGGGUUUCAAACCUUCUUCGGCACCAGAGAAAUCACACGAGUGAAAAGCCCUUCUGCUGUGAGGUAUGUGGACAGGCCUUCAGCUUGAAGGACCGCCUGGCCCAGCAUCGCAAAAUCCACACAGAACACCGGCCCUAUGUGUGCAGUGACUGUGGGAAGGCUUUCAAACAGAAAUCAAACCUCCUCCGGCACAAACUCGUUCACACGGGAGAAAGGCCUUUCUACUGUGACAGCUGUGGUAAGACCUUUCGUACUAAAGAGAAUCUCAACCACCACCAGCGGAUUCACAGCGGAGAGAAGCCUUACACCUGCGGAGAGUGUGGGAAAGCCUUCAGGUGGCCCAAGGGCUUCAGCAUCCACCAGAGGCUGCACCUGACAAAGAGGUUCUAUGAGUGUGAGCACUGUGGGAAGGGCUUCCGCCAUCUGGGCUUUUUCACAAGGCAUCAGAGAACUCAUGGGCGGGGAGAGGUAUAGAGGCAUCUGUGGACAGCUGGACCUUUCCUGUUCUAGGCCCUGGGGAAGAACUACAGCAGGUGCUCUCAAGCCUAGAGGCCAUGUAGUCCUUGAAACAACCGUUUGCAAAUCUCUGAGGAAGUUGUGCCAGGAUAUUGACAGAGGGAAGGGGACUGAAGUAUGCUGGCAGAGCCGGCAAAAGCUGCUCCUUGCUUCUCUGCUGUGUCAACUGAGGAAUUUGCCCCUGUCCCGAGUGUCACUUGUGUGCACUUUAACUCUUUUCUCUCAUAGCCCUUCCACCAUGUCUCCUGUGUUUGGGGAGGUAGGUUUGGGCCUUGAGCUUACUCUUGGAGCUGGUAAGAUGGCCCAGUGGGUAAAGGCACUUGCUGCAAAGCUUGAUAACUGAGUUUGGUUCCCAGGGAUGCACAUGAUAUGUGGAGAGAACCAAAGGCCAUAAGUUGCCCUCUGACUUCCUGCACAUGUGUGUGCAUAAGGACACACAAUAAAUACAUAAGUCAAUGAAAAAAAAAAAAAAAAAAGCCUCCUCUGCAACCUCAGGAGGUGGUCAUAGACAUAGACACCCUUGUUAAAGGGCUACAGAGACCUGGAUUCACACUGGGCUGGCAUGUAGAAGUUUGUUAAAGCAUCCCCAGCUCUUUCUCCAGCGGUUUACUCAGCUAGAGAUACUGGAUCUUGGGUUCUGUUUAUUUGGUUUCAUUGAAGUAUGACUGGAGGGUUAUUUCCCAGUGGGGUGGGAGUACUACCUGGAGCUUCGGUGCCCCUUUGCUUCAGGUGUGAUCCUUGGUAACCGUGUAGAGCUGUCCAGUGCUGGGCAGGGAAGGGUGGCUGGAGCCUUCGCUUCUGGGUGUGUUGAGAGCUGGAUGCUCCUCACUGUCUUGUUUCUCUGUACGGGAUCAUGAGCUGUAGAGAUGGCUGCCAAACUAGGCCUUUUCCCAGCUUUUGUUCCUUCAGGAAUGAAACUCCACUAAAGUGUCACAGGCUGUGACCACAGCAUGCAAAAGUGAUGAUUUCACCCGCCGUUGCCCGAGGUGCUUCUCAGUUCAGCUCUGACCCUGGUGCCUUGGGAACUGUUCAUGGCCUAGA